AUGUCCGUGGUCUGCAUCGAUGUCAGCCUUCUGAGUGGCAGAACGGCAAGGAUCACGAGAGAGACCAGCUGCUCCAUUGAGGAGUUUAAGCAAGAGGCCCUGGCUUCUCUACAACUGGGCGCCGGGGUUCUGCUGACCGCUUCGGGUGAGGCCUUGUGCCAAGGAACCCUGGAGGAAGCCGGCCUGAAGGAUGGAGAUGCGCUCCUGCUGCAGCAGAGGCAGGCAGACCUUUUGCAGUCUCUCGAGCUCGACCUCCAGCUCAGCAAGGAAAGAGGCGUCUCCUUCCAGACACCGGGCCGCUUCACAGACCUCGAGGUGGUGGCGCGAGGUGCGUAUAGCACGACCUGCUCGGCCCGGGAUGAUAGUACCGGUGGUCUGGUUGCGAUUAAGAAGAUGGAGGGAGCCCUUGAAGACCUGCGGCACGCGAGGGAGACGUUGAAGGAGCUCAGGCUUUUGAGGCACCUGGGCCCUGAGAACAUCCUCAACUUGCAGUACGUCUUCCUGCCUGGUAUCAAGUCGACUUUCAGUGACUUGUACAUAGUCUCUGACCUCAUGGAAACCGACUUGGCUAGUAUCCUGAAGAGCUCACAGCUGCUUCUCGACCAGCACUGCCAGUUCUUUUCGUACCAGAUGCUUCGCGGGCUGAAGUUCAUGCACUCCGCCGGGGUGAUGCAUCUUGACUUGAAGCCGCGCAACGUGCUGGUGAACACCAACUGUGACUUGAGAAUCAGCGACUUCAGGUAUGCCAUUGUGGAUUUCGGGGAGACAGGCGAAGCUUUUCUGCCCGGGGAGAGCGAGGGAUAUGCUGUUGGCAACCGGUGGUAUCGGGCACCAGAGGCUCUCUGUCAUAAUUACAGUUACAGCGUCCAUGGUCCCACCAUCGACACCUGGUCUGUAGGAGCUAUCCUUGCCGAGAUGUUUGCCCGCCGGCCCCUGUUUCCAGGGAAGAAUAUGCAGCACCACCUACAGCUGAUCUUGAAAAUGCUGGGUCCAUGGGAAACAUCGUCCUUCGCUUGGAUCAAGAACCCAACAGCCCGGGAGUUCCUAGAGUCGCAGUCCCCAGGCGCCAGCCGCGCGCUCAGCGAGGCCGUCAGAGCCGCCUCGCCCUCGGCGAUGGAGCUGCUGGAUGCCCUGCUCCAAUUCAACCCCGAGCACCGGGCUACAGCUGAACAGGCCCUCAACAUGAGCUUCUUCGGGGAGCUGCGCUGUCCCGAGGAUGAGCCUUCGAGCGCCCCCCUGGACCUGAGGGACUUCGAGUUCCUGCGGCGGAGAGUCGACUUGCCGGGGGUGCGCGAGGAGAUCUUCUUGGAGGCUCUUCGCUACCACCGGGAGCUGAUGCAGCGGUACGAACGGGAGCAGACACUGAUGGGCACCAUGCAUGACAUCCAGGCGUACCCGCUGCUGGAGCCGGGUGAAGAAUGGGUCACCUGA